AUGUUCCUCUGCUUGUACAAACCGGAUCUAAUUUUUAUUACUGAAACUUGGUUAACCACUAAAAUUUUGGACUCUGAGCUCGUUGGUAACCUGCCCUAUAAUGUCUACCGUUCGGACCGAUCCAUGAGAAGAGGAGGUGGGGUGUGCGUUCUUGUCAAGGCAUUUAUUAGUGCUCAAAUCGUUACUGGUGACAACGAUCUUAAAGCUGACUUACUCUCCGCUGAAAUUUUGUGUGCUGAUGAUUUGACGCAACUUCGUUUUAUACUCGUAUACCGACCUCCAAAUAGUUCUGCUGCUGAUGAUAAAAAACUUGUAGACGUACUUAGCGAUCUUGCGGUUAUGAAUCAUCAAACUAUUAUUCUCGGGGACUUCAAUCUACAUAUAGAUUGGAUUAACUCCGUAGCUUUCAACUCAUCUUCAUCGCUUUUCUUAGAUUUUUUCACCAGUGCUGAUUUCGUGCAAAAUGUGAAUCUGCCUACCCACGCUGAUAAGGUUCUUGACAUCCUCCUUACACCUAGCGCCUACACUCUAGAUGUUGAGCUUCUUCCACCCCUAGCCUCAUCCGACCACGCAAUUGUCCAUUUCGAAACACCUGUAUCUAUGUCAGCUCCAAGAAUUCCGUUUCCUAACUUUUUCGCGGCUGACUACCUUUCCUUAAACGAUUACUUUUCUGGUGUUGACUGGUUUACUCUAUUCAAUCAAUAUUCUUCAUGUUCGGACAUUUAUCGCAGAUUCUGCAAGAAGGUUUAUGAGGGUCUUGCAAAAUUUGUUCCUUUUCGAUUUCCUCGCCCCUUUUGUUCGAAUCUUCCACCUCAGCUGAAAGCCUUAAUCUCUCAGAAACAACGUCUUUUUGAGGAGCUAAACCAUCCUUUACAUAACCCGCUGUACAAGAAAGUAUGUUCUGACAUUGACUUCCACAUGAAAAGAUAUCUUCGUUAUCGAGAGCGCCACUUAGUGCACAGCAAAUCCAUGAAGCCCUUUUAUUUGUACUUAAGGCAUAAAAUGAAAGGCAAUGGAAAACUUCCUGGUCUUACAGAUCAAACAGGAGUUACUUAUAUCAGAGAUGCUGAUAAAGCUAAUGCCCUAGCCUUGCAUUUUGCCAGUGUGUUUUCUUCAGAGUGCAGUAAUAAUACUCCAGAAAUUGUUGGCAUUGGUCCUAUCCAACAGCAGUGCCGUGCCAUAUUUUUCCAUCCUUCAGAUAUCUACAAAUAUCUCAAGUCUCUCAAACCGUCGGUCAGUGAAACAUAUGACGGAAUCCCGCCAAUUGUAUAUAAGGAGUGUGCUGCUACUUUAUGUUGUCCUCUAGCCCAUAUCUUUAACAUCUCUAUGCUAUUAGGUGAAGUUCCGGAGGUGUGGAAAAGCGCCAUAGUUACAGCAAUUCCUAAGUCCCCAGGUACUAAUCUGCUGAGCAACUAUCGUCCUAUUAGCUUAUUACCAACGCCAGUCAAAAUUAUGGAAAAGAUUAUCAGGGAUAAACUGUUGUCUUGGCUAAAGAAGUUUCAUCUGAUUCCCGCUCAACAACAUGGGUUUGUCGGUGGAGCUUCGACAUCUACUAAUCUAAUUGAUAGUAUUUUUGACUGGUCCUUAGCUUGCAAUCAAGGUAAAUCGAUUGAUAUAAUAUACGUUGACCUGUCUAAAGCCUUCGAUAAAGUAUGCCACUCUAAAUUAAUUGCUAAGCUUAAGUACUUCGGAAUAACGGGCCAUAUUAUAGAUUGGAUGAUCUCGUAUCUUAAUAUGAGAAGUAUGACAGUCAAAGUCGGCCACAAAUACUCAGCCAAGUUCCCUUGCAGAAGUGGAGUUCCACAAGGAGGAGUUCUCUCCCCUCUCUUGUUUCUCAUCUACACUAUCGACUUACCUAAUGUUAUCAGAACCUCUUCUCACGUCAGUGUCCAAAUGUACGCUGAUGACAUUAAGAUUUACGGCAUAUACGAUGACGAGAACUACCUCGAAGUACGCAAUGCACUUCAGACAUCACUAGCUAAAAUGUCCGACUGGGCCUCCAAAUGGGAUCUGCGCAUUAACCACGACAAGUCUCUGGUUAUGCAUAUAGGUAAAGGGAAUGUGGCUGAGUAUAGUAUGAAUGGAGUAGCUCUUAAAAUUUGUAAAUCUGUAAGAGACUUAGGGAUUUUUGUGGAUUAUAACCUCAACUUCACAGAACAUAUUGAUCAUAUUGUAAGGAAAGCAUACUCGGCCCUUUUUCGACUAUUCCGCAUUGUUCACACCUCUAAUCCAACUAUUCUCACUCGUCUAUACAAAUCGUUCGUCUUACCUCAUCUUGAAUAUGGCUCUCAAAUUUGGAGCCCUUCAAAGAAAAAAAUAUAUAGCAAAGCUCGAAAAGGUGCAAGAGACUUUUACGCGUAUGUUAUGCAGAAGAAUGUCAACAGACUUAGCGGUGAAUAG